AUGGGAGUGACGCCGGUGGAAAAGGCAGAGUUUGCCGCUUAUCAACUUAAAGCUGAGUCUCAAAUUUUGUACAAGCAAUGGAAGGAAGGGAGACCGGAAGAUGCGAGUCCUCUUGAUUUGGAGAAGUUUAUGUCUGCUUUUCUUAUUAGGUUCCUUCUCUUUGAGAUUAGGCAAGCCAAGGUGCUUGAGUUUAUCAACCUUCGGCAAGGAAGUAUGAGUGUGAGGGAAUACGCUCUAAAGUUCAAACAAUUGUCUAUGUAUUCUCCAAUAAUGGUUGUCGAUUCAAGUGCAAUUGAAGAGAAGAAACUUCAGAAAAAGUCUAGAGAGGUGAAGAGGGUUAAGAUCGAUGAUGGUAAUUUCUCUCAUGAGAGGUCCGAUGGACAUAGUCAUUCUAGAUUUCGACAAAGGUUUUCCGGUCAAGGUUCCUCCAAUGCUCCACUGAAGUUCAACAAGGAUAAGGUUUCUAACCCUAAGACUCAAGGAGGGAAUAGUAAUCGAUCUUUAUUAUCCAAAUCUACUUGUACUAGGUAUGGAAGGAAUCCCGAGGGUAAGUGCCUUGCCGACACAUAUGGUAGCUUUAGUUGUGGUAUAAAUGGUCUUAAAAUUAGGGAUUUCCCGAUGCUUAUGGUUAAAGGUAUAGAGGGAAAGCAAGCUCCUCCUAGUUGUUUGGGUCCUAAUGCUCCUAAGCAAAAUUGA